UGUCAAUAUCGAUUAAGUCGUUCACGCUAAACUACAUCAAACUCUACAAUGUUGGAUAUCAAGUACGGUUCGAAGGGAGACUGCUUGAAAGUUGAUUCGUAUUGGCUGAGAGACCACUGCCGCUGCGAGAAGUGUUAUAAUGCGCGGACAUCGCAACGAUUGUUUAGUUUGGUGGACAUGCCAAAGGAUUUGAAGGCAAAGGAUGUGACAUAUCUAAAGAAUGAUACGUUGUUGGAAAUAACAUGGAAUGAUGGACAUGUUUCGAAAUAUGAAAUUGAUUUCAUUGUGAACUCACAAUACGAAAAAUUCCAAGAAAAAAUCAAAAAUGACAAGACGAUAACGAAGUGGAAUGUUGCUACUAUAUUGAAGAAUAAAAAUGAGCUCGAUUUUAAACUUGGCGAAUUGUGUACCUCCGAUAAAACUGUGAAGAACUUAAUGAGUUCUCUGAUACGCUACGGUCUGGUAUUCAUCCAUGAUGUUCCACCCAACACCACGAUGACCGAAAUGGCUGUGCGCCGUCUAUUUCCGGUAAUGAAAACCCUCUAUGGGGAAAUGUUUACAUUCGCCGAUGUAUAUUUGCAUGAUGACAUUACCUAUUCCAAUGACUAUAUUGGCCCGCAUACAGAUAAUACGUAUUUUUGUGAUGCAGCCGGUUUGCAGGCCCUACACUGUGUUGUACACGACGGUACGGGUGGUGAAAACUUCUUCAUUGAUGGUUUGUAUGUUGCCGAGGAGUUGCGAAGACGCAAUCCCAAAGCUUUUGAAGUCCUCUCCACGGUCCAUGUGCCGGCAUAUUUCUUUGAUAAAAACGAACGUCAUCGUUUUUCGGCACCAACAAUACGUGUGGAUCCGGUGACAAAGGAAAUCGUUCAAUUUCGUUUGAAUUUGUACGAUCGUUCGGUGUUCGAUGUCGUACCACAGACGGAAAUGGCUGGAUUCUACGAGAGUAUGAGGGAAUUUCUUUCGAUUAUUCACGAUUCGGAAAAUUGGUGGCAAUUAAAACUGAAUCCUGGAACUGUGGUCAUUUUCGACAAUUGGCGUUUGUUCCACGGACGCUGCGCGUAUACGGGUAAACGUGCCAUGACCGGAUGUUUUGUUCAACGCACUGAUUUCUUGAGCAAAGCUAGAUGCGAAGGAGUUAUUGAUUGAAUAUUUCAUUGAUAUGUAUGUAUUUCUCAAAAUAUUUAAUUGUAAUUGUAAACAUAUAAGGAAUUUGAAU